CACCAGAGGUACACAACAACAGAAGCCUUAAAUUUCGUCAGUCGACUGGGGCAAACACACACUCACACACUCCGGAUCGAGCAGGUUGCUUUGUCUUUGCUUGGCACAUUUUUUUGUGGAUCUUUUUGUGUGUUUAUUUUUAAAGAAGAUAGUUUUUAAAAAAAUGUCUCUUUCGAGUAUUUUACCCGAUGAAACGGCCUUUGCCGACUUCAAAAAGCAGUGUUUGUCAACGGAGAAUUGGUUGAACAAGUAUGACAAUAAUGGCAUGCAAGUGUGGGUCGAACAUCCUCCUGCAAAUAAAGGAAACCACGUACCUAAAAUCCAUAAGAUCAAGUGUAAAUUGACCAUCAAAGAUGUAUCAGCAGCCACUAUGUUCGACGUCCUUCACGAUGGCCAGUACCGUAAGAAGUGGGACCCCGCCAUGUUGGACAGUUUUGACAUUGCCCGGCUCUCUGCUAAUGCUGAUGUGGGCUACUACUCAUGGCUUUGUCCAAAGCCUAUAAAGAACAGGGAUGUGGUGACGCUCCGUUCAUGGCAGGUGAUGGAUGACGAGUACAUUAUCAUUAACUUCUCCGUCAAACACCCGAAAUACCCUCCUCGCAGCGACCUGGUGAGGGCCAUUUCCAUCCUCACUGGCUAUUUCAUCAAGCCCACGGGACCAAAUAGCUGUACUUUCAUAUACCUUUCACAAGCCGACCCCAAAGGUUCUCUUCCAAAGUGGGUGGUGAACAAAGCAUCUCAGGUUCUCGCUCCUCGGGUGAUGAAGAGUGUACACAAGGCGGGACAGAACUACCCAGAGUGGAAACAGCAGAACUCUCCCGACCAGAAGCCGUGGCUGUACCCAGAGCAGAACACCCUGCCCAUGAUGGACCCCGCUGAACUGUCCAUACAGAGGGCAGACUCGCUAGAAAACGUGGAUGAGAGUUCCAAGGUGGAUGCUCAGGACAGCGAGGACAGUAGUUAAAUCACACUGAAGUGAUGAGAGGAAGGGUGUGCAAGACGGAGAGACUGGGGGAUGGACUGUAUAUACUCACAAAUACAAUAAGACUUGACACCUCCGACUCUGUGAAAUCGCCCCAACCCUCCAAAUCAGUGCCUUCUGGGAUGAGCAAGAGUAUGAAGUGUUUACAGCUGUCUUAUCAGAUGGAAAUGAGCACAGAUCAAGUUGCCAUUCACCUCAGUCUAUGCUGAAGUAAGCUAAAAAAAAAAAAUCUCUCCAGUGUUGGCCAUAUUGUAACUUCUUUACAAUGUACAGGGUUAGAGGUGUUGGGGUUUGAAUGUGGCAUCGUUAUAGCACUACAUUUACAAUGGCUCCUCUGUCAGGCCUUGUUUAGUUGCAUGAACACAUUUUUAAAUGAGAGGAAACUAAGUGUCAUUGUCCACUAGAGGCUCUUCAUAAGGGACUGAACAGAAAUAAGAUUAGGCAUUGUCAGUGGUGAAAGCAGUGAUGUGGAAAUUCCGACCCCACAAUUUCUCCUUUAAACAUUAUAGAAACUAUUUUAGCUUAACCUUUUUUUUGUUGAAUGUCUGAUCAAGAUGAACACACUAAAAAUAGCCACUUUUGAUUUUUUAAAUCACAUUAAUAUGGUUAGUUACACUGUUACACAACAGGUUUCAUGUUAAUAAGAUAACAUGAAACACAGUGAAAGGUUCUGGGUUUGUGCAGCAGCUCUGUGCACCAACCUUGACUCUGUUUUUCAGAAAUCCAAAAUUUUUUAGCUUUUUCUUUUUUAGACACAACACCCCACUGUCACUAUGUUUGCGACUGAUUUUGUUUUUAAAUGUGAAUUUUAUGGCUACACUUCAGUUCAUUUUAUUUAGUCAUGAUUAAUGAACAGCUAUGCUGUAUUUCUGUCUUCUAUGUGUAAUACAGGAAGACUGUUUUGAAGGUUCAUGGUAUUUAUUAAGAAGUUGUGCAAUCAUAGUGUAUGCAUGGUAAUUCUUAUAUGAGUUAUACAGACUUGCAUUGGCACUCAGGGAGACAAUCAGCUGUGUCACUGAGAAUGAAAAUCUAGUUUGGUUGUAUUAACGUGUAAAAUGUAGAUAACAAAUUUUGGCAUUUUGCCUGUCGAUUUUCACUUUACCCAAAGGAUCAGAAAGACCUCUUUUAUUUUAUUUAUUCGAAGUUGCUGUAACCUCAGAUGAAGUCAUGAUGGAGAAAUUACACUGGAAUGAACCCCGCAGGCCGAGAUUGUCAGGUUUUUCUUCUUGUCAGGUUUUUGAUUUGUGAUAUGAACAAUGUUACAUGGUCUUCACUUAAAAAAAAAAAAAAAAAAAGAAAACCUCACACUGUUAACAUGCGUUCUUGUUCACUGUCAUUGACUGCAUUCCUCUUAAGGUGACAGUCAGUUUCAAGAGAAACCAACAUACGAAGUAGAACAAGUCUGGUUACUUUUCCAGAGCAAACCCGUCCGUGUCCAGUUCUGUUACAGGUUGUUCAAGUACACAAGAACAAAGAUGAGUUCAAAACCUGUUAUUUAUUUUACUUGUCAAUGUUAUGAAACACAAUUAAAAAAAAACAAAAAACAGUUUCAUAAUGAGCUCUAGAUCAUAAAAAAAAAAAAAAUCAGAUGGAAUAC